AUGCCAUCAUUCAUUGAAGUCCAAUACUUUAGUGCGCCAUCCAGCACCACCAACUCAAACGAACAAGAGAGUGCUUCUAUCAUUCACCAAGCUACGAAGGCAGUCCAAGAUGUGAAAGGUGAUUUUAAGUUCAGCCUUGGCACACAUGUCAAGGAGAAUGAUGUGAUUCAGUUCACAGCUGAAUGGACUGACGGCAGAAGCUACGCCGAUGUCCAAAACUCAUCGGAAUAUAAAGCCGUCACCGAAAAGUUGCAAAGUACUCUUGGAACUCCCAAGUCCAUCUUUCACGUCGAGCUGAGCCGACGAGCAUUCGGACCCGGCGGACCACUCACAGGAGCAGUCGUUGAAUACGUCCAAGCCUACUACCCAGUCUCGCAAGCGACACCAGAAUUUCAAAAAGAUCUAGGGGUUGAUUUCUUGAGGUUCGAAAAGAUCUUUCAAAGAGAUGGACCAAACGGCCCGGAUUUGGCUUAUGGUUGGGUUGUCGAAGAGCAGGAACAUGAAAGUGUUCAGGGUGAAAAGACCAAAUGUUGGUUUAUCGCCAGGCGUUGGGAGAGCAUGGCCGAUUUUGAACGAGCUAUGCAGACUCAGGCGUUUAAAGAUGCAUUUCCUAUUCUCAUGGCGUGGCAGGCUAAUUUCAAGAUGUGGCACGUUGAACAGAGGUCAUAG